ACUUCCAUUAAAAGUUAUAUAAACAUUAUAAUUGUAUAGUUGUCGCUUUAGAUUAUAUAGAUUAGGUUAUGUUUUGUUGGUUGUAUACGUUCACACUUUGUAAAUUCGUGGUUGAAUAGCUGUGAGAGCCAAUCAAGCGCAGGUUAAUCAAUCAUCUAACGCGUUUUAUGUGCAGCCCUUGUUGGAGGGUGGUGAGCGUGAAGUGAACGCAUGUGAACCGCGCAAACGUCAGCUCAUCUGAUAUUCUGUAUUCCGAUCAGAUCGUCGAUUAGCGCGUCAGUUUCGGUUGGAAAGUUUGUCGAUAAAGUUCAACAUGUUGAGGAGUCUACGCUAAAAACUCCAAAACGGAUCAAAAGCCAAAAUUCAUUUUUAAAAUGUUGAAGAUUCAAGCGGUGCAAGCAUUUAACAAAGUGAUUUCACUUUUGGCGAUUAUUUUUGUUUGCCAUUAUGUAUCGUGCGUACAAAUCAACUAUAUUAAAGUCCCAAGUUCCGUUCGCAACAACACACGAAGACCAAUCAUCAUGGAUUGCAAUUAUUCUGUGCGUUCGGAUGAUACCCACCUGGUAGUGAAAUGGUUUCUUAACGAAGACCCGGUUUACCAAUGGAUUCCACCGAAGAAACCGCAGAGUUUAGGUGUUUUGCGCGAUCGCGUCGAUACGAAUUAUUCUGUGAGCAACGACGACAAAAUGGCGUAUCGUGCUAUGAAAAUACUUAAUCCUACUACAGACAUAGCUGGGACUUACAAAUGUGCAGUUUCUACUUUUGCCGAUGAAGAUUUCUCCGAGAAAAAUAUGAUAGUCUUUGAGCCUGAGCGUGAUUUAAAAAUGAUGGAAACUGUCGCAAAAGAUGGUAAAGUCAAUUUUACGUGCAUGGCGUCAGAGGCAUAUCCAAAACCAAGAAUUACUCUCUAUCGUGACCACAAGAAUGAUGUUAUUAAUAAAAACCCUUUGGAACCAAUUGAAUGGGACACAGUGCGACACGAAGAAGACGGUCGUUAUACAACUUUUACAACUGCAACUGCAAAAAUUACUGAUCUUUAUGAAGGAGAUUUAAUAACUUGUGAAUUGAGAAUUCCGGCAACUGGUUAUGUAAAAUUAAAAUCAUUAGUGUACUAUCCACGCAAUAUGUAUAAACAUAAUGAAGCAUCAAGAAACUACGCAACAUUAUUUCUGCAUCAUUAUUUCAUUAUUAUGAUGCUCUUUUAUCAAUUUAUUUAAUUUAAUCUAUAUUUGUGUAAAAUAUAUUCAACUUGAUGUGUA